AUGUCCUACACCAUCAAAGUCCGUGUCUACCAGACCAACCCCAACGCCUAUUUCCACAUCGUUGAAAAGGGCUGCUGGCACUACGCAAACGGUAGCCAGUGGAAUGAGCAGAACGGUAUCCUGACGCUCGCCAUGGGCGGCAGCGGUACCUCUGGCAUGCUCCGCUUCAAGACUGAGCAGAACAAGGAGGGCUUCUUCGUCGCCAUGGGCGUGCACAACUACAAGCCCUGGGUUGACACUGUAACUGGCCUGGGUGACGAUAUCACCUGCGUCAAGGCUCUGCCCGAGUACUACGGCAACGCGUCGGACCGUACUCGAUCUCGCGAGUCGCAGCGUACUGAGCAGACGAUUCUCAACAUUGAUCGCAGGAACAUUUCUACUCAUUACAAGGUUAAGGAGGGAAACAACCUUGAGCUUGAUAUCACCAUUGGAUAG